AUGGCAGACAAGCAACUGAUUUUUGACGAACGAGCCCGGUCCAGCCUGAUGACUGGCGUAGAUAAACUGGGCAGAGUGGUGGGACUGACCCUUGGCCCCAGCGGCCGAAACGUGCUGCUGAACCGGAUGUGGUCGCUGCCGGUGGUUUGCAGCGAUGGAGUCACAAUCGCCAAAGAAGUUGAACUACCCGACGUUUACGAGAAUAUGGGAGCUCAGUUGGUUAAGGAAGCGGCUUCCAAAACCAAUGACGUGGUCGGGGACGGCACUACAACUUCAGUGGUGCUGGCCCGCGCCAUCGUGCGUAACGGUUUUAUGAACAUCGCUGCCGGCGCCAAUGGCAUGGACCUGAAGUCCGGAAUUGACAAGGCCGUGAAGGCCGUAGUAGAGGAAAUCGCAAACAUCGCCAUACCGGUCGAGAAUCGGGACCAGAUUGCCCGCGUGGCAGCCCUCUCCGCCCACGAGGAAGGAAUCGCCGACCUUAUUGCAGAAGCCAUGGACAAGGUAGGUCGGGAAGGCGUUAUCACCAUUGAAGAGUCCAAGACCAUGGUUGACGAGCUUGACUUCGUGGAAGGCAUGCGUCUGGACCGGGGUUAUUUGUCGCCACACUUCGUUACUGACGCGCAACGCAUGGAAGUGACGCUGGAAGAACCGCUAAUUCUGAUAACCGACACCAAAGUAUCUUCCGUCAACGACAUUGUACCGACGCUGGAAAAGGUCGCCCAGGCUGGUGGCCGGCCCUUGGCGAUUAUCGCGGAAGACGUUGAAGGUGAGGCUUUGGCGACUCUGGUCGUGAACAAGUUGAGGGGCACAAUUUCCUGCGUGGCCGUCAAGGCUCCCGGUUUUGGCGACCGACGCAAGGCGCUUCUCGAAGACAUUGCAAUAAUGACCGGCGCUACAGUAAUCAGCAACGAUACCGGCCUUUCCCUGGACGCCGUGGAAGUCAGCCACCUCGGUUCCGCUAGGCGCAUCAUCGCGGUGAAGGAUGAGACAACCAUUGUAGAGGGACGUGGCGCACCAGAAGCCACUGAGUCCAGGGUCGCUCAAAUCCGAGUUCAGGUAGAAGAAACCACAUCCGACUAUGACCGUGAGAAACUCCAGGAGCGCCUGGCAGCCCUGGUCGGCGGGGUGGCAGUAAUACGAGUAGGAGCCGCAACCGAACCGGAGAUGAAUGAGCGCAAGUCCCGCACAGAGGACGCCCUUUCUGCUACGAGGGCAGCCGUAGAAGAGGGGAUCGUCCCCGGCGGCGGAGUCACCUUGAUCCGCUCGGAACAGGUUCUCGACGAUCUCCAGGCCAGUCUGUCCGGAGACGAGGCGCUGGGCGUCCGUUUGAUUCGGGAUUCCUUGUCGGCGCCCUUGGAACUCAUUAGUGAAAACGCGGGCCAUCCCGGGCAGGUCGUGUUGGACAAGGUGAGGCAAGGCGAAGGCGACUGGGGCUUUGAUGCCGAAAAGGGAGAGUACACUCACCUGAUACAGUCAGGAAUCAUCGACCCUGCCAAGGUUACCCGUUCGGCCCUGCAGAAUGCCUGCAGCAUCGCCGCGAUGUUGCUGACCACCCAGGCUGUGGUGGCUGAGAUUCCGAUUUUCAAGCCAUUGCCUGCCGAUGUCCAGGACUUCAUGCACGACUAA